AUGCCCGCUGCGCCGAAACAGAGGAAGAUCGCAAUUGUCGGCAGUCGUUCCGUCGGCAAAUCCUCCCUCACAGUCCGCUUCGUCGAGCACCACUUCGUCGAAAGCUACUACCCCACAAUUGAGAACACAUUCAGCCGAAUCAUCAAAUACAAUGGGCAGGAUUAUGCGACUGAGAUCGUCGAUACCGCCGGACAGGAUGAGUAUAGCAUCCUGAACUCGAAGCACUUCAUUGGUAUUCAUGGGUAUAUUAUCGUGUACUCUGUUACCUCGCGGCAGUCAUUUGAGAUGGUGAAGACAAUUCGGGAUAAGAUUUUGAAUCAUUUGGGAGCGGACGAAGUACCCCUAGUGGUCGUCGGUAAUAAGAGUGACCUGAAGACAGAGCUGCGACAAGUUUCUCUCGAAGAGGGUCGCCAAUUAGCAGAGGAGGUUAAAUGUGCUUUCACUGAAGCCAGUGCUUUCCUUGACUUCAAUGUUUCCAAGGCCUUUGAGCUGAUGAUUGGGGAGAUUGAGAAGUCUCAGAACCCCGGACAGCCGGCUGGUAACAACAAGUGUGCGGUGAUGUGA